AUGUUUUUAUUCCUUCUCUCAUUAACUGGUUUGGUUGUGAAUAUUGUGGUUUUGGUACCUGUCUUCAAAUUGGCUUUUGUCUUCAAAAAAUCACCGAUCUAUGUGAUCUCAAUGGUGAAUAUUUCAAUCGAUGUUAUCAAUUUGAUAAUGGCAACUUUUUAUAUGGCACCAUCGAUUAUUUUUGAGGUUUGUUAGUGAAGUUCUUGAAUUGGGCCAAAAAAGAAUGAGCAGAACACGGUGAUACUUUGUUUUAUAUGGCACCAUACCCCAAGUUCACUGAAGCUCUGUAAAGUCCUCUGAGCCAAGCAGUCAUCCUCAAAAACCAGGUCCAGUUCGAAAUUUGCCAGUUCUUUUUUUCAAAAAAAUGUUCGUGCGAAUUUUCAAACUACGAAGUUCUCUAAUCCCAAUUAAACAACACACAUUUUUUCAUUUAAAACUAGAAAUUUCUUGGAAAUAUUAUUUAUAAUGAAACUUGCAGCAAAUAUUAAUAAACGCUCCUUUUUUGGAGGAUUUCUAAAAAAUUUAAAUUAGAAAACACAAAAGACACGUACACCGCCUUCAAAUCUCUAUAUUUUUAGACAUACAUUUUUGGUCCGGAGAAAAAUGCGACAAUUCCAAAACUUCUUGGUUCGCUUUUCAUGUUUUGCUGGUAUUUGGGAUCAAUUGCACAAAUGAUAAUGGCAAUAAAUCGUCUUGUUGUUAUUUAUUAUCGUCGAAAUGAUCUUUUUACUCGACACAAUCUUUUGAUUCUUUUCGCAAUGAUAACUCCAAUUUGUAUUUUUAUGACUUAUAUGGCUCAAUAUGGUUUUCCUUGUUGUGCAUUUGUUUUUGAUCAACAAGUUUUAUCCUAUUCAUACUUUCAAAUUGAUGAUCUUCCAAAUUAUCCAAAUCAAAUAAUUGAUCUACCAUUGAAUAUGUCAAGUACAACAAUUGCAUUUAUCAGUUAUUCUUUGAUUGUUUGGACUGUUCGCAAAUCAUCAAAAGGAGUUGAGUCGUCUUUGAGUAAUAUGCAAAAUCGAAGAUCGAGAAGAAAUCGAGAAUUGGCGUAAGUUGAAUUGUAUAACGAUUGUUUACCUCAACAAAAUAACGGUUUUCAGAUAUGCGAUGCAAUUUUGUUUCAUCUCAAUGUUCUAUACUUUUUCAUGGGUUUGCUUCCGUUUAUUCCCAGUUUUGAUUGGUAAUAAUGGUCUUGAAUGGUUUGUAAGUAUCUCAACUGCUGUUACUAUAAAUAGUAGUGCAAAUGCGAUUGUAUAUUUGAUAAGUAAUCAAGAAGUUCGAAAACAUGUUGUAUUCACACGGAAGGAAUUAUUCAAACGUGUUGUUGAAACAUCAAGUAAUGCACAUCAUUCAACUGAUGUUCCAAGAAGUACGGCACUUUCUAGUUAGUUUUUCUCAAUUAUUUUUUCUUAACUUUUCAAAUAAAACAUAUUUCAUGUUCUACAGCCGUUCAAGCCAAAUACUAAUUACAAAUAUUUAUUUCAAACUACACUUUAUUCAAACAUAUCUUUUCACAAUAAUUAUUCAAAGGAUUAUCAAAAUGCGAAUAUUUACAAAAUAAAUUUCUAAUCAGAUUUAAUUUGAAUAAACAUGUGUAAUCAAAAUGUGUUUUUGUUCAAUUUUCAGAAUCGCGACAUUUAAUGCCCUAA